AUGAAUGAGUCUACUGUAAAAUAUUCUACUGCUUUUCGCUCUUUCUUUGAUACAUCAUUCUUCCAAGAACUGUCUCGAUUAAAACUUGAAGUGUUUAAAUUGAGUUCAGAAGCGCAAAAAUUAUAUUCUAAAGUAGAACCAUCUAAGUCAAGUGAAUCUUCUCAUCUGUUUUUUAAUGGCAAUAGUUUUAACCCAGAUAGCAUUUCAGAUGCUAAUUCAACAAGUGUUAUAGGAUCAAUCUUUAAUUUUAAUAAGAUCGAAGGGUUUAAAGAUUUGGAUAAACAUCAGUUUUUACAGGAUAGGGCUAUUGAAAGUUGGGAAGCUGGAUUGGACGAUAUUAAUAAGGCUGUUAGUUUCCACGUUAUUAGUUUUGCAGAUUUGAAAAAAUAUAAAUUUAUAUAUUGGGUAUGCUUCCCUUAUUUCCAAUUGGAAUCAUUAGAAAUCUCGUGUACUAAUGUAACUGAGAUCGAAAAUUGUGCUAAGUAUCAAGAUUGGUUCAACAAUAAUAGGAGUCAAUGGGUAUCCAUUGUAGAUAGUAAUUGCGAAAUUGGUUCCUACUCAAAGAAUGCUUUUAAUAAAAAUUCAAAGCUUUUAAUUCGUGAUACAAGCAAAAUGAAGAAUACACCUUCAGCUCUAGCAAAAAACUUUCUAAGUAUAUUCAAAUAUCAAAACCUAGAAGUUAAAGAGAUCAGUGUAUAUUUUGUUAGAGAAGAUGAUUCAAGUUUCCAGAUGUCAUUAAAAUUAUCCUCCAUUGAUAAUGAAGUAACUCCAAAAUUAAAAACAAGCGGCUGGGAAAAAAAUUUACUUGGACGAUUGGCUCCUCUUUCUAUCGACCUGAGUACAUUAAUUGAUCCCUUAAAAGUGGCAGGGCAAUCUGUUGAUUUAAAUCUGAAGCUAAUGAAAUGGCGUAUAGCGCCAGACAUUGAUCUAGAUGUUAUAAAGGAAAGGAAAGUAUUAAUUUUAGGUGCUGGUACAUUAGGCUGCUACGUAUCUCGUAGUUUAAUGGCAUGGGGUGUUCGAAAGUUAACAUUGGUUGAUAAUGGUACAGUUUCGUUCUCAAAUCCGGUUAGACAACCAUUGUUUGAAUUUAACGAUGAGGGGAAAUCAAAGGCUGAAGCAGCAGCGGCAUCAUUAAAAAGAAUAUUUCCACUAAUGGAUGCUACUGGUGUGACUUUAAAUAUUCCGAUGAUUGGACAUGUAGUUUCUAAUGAAGAAAAUAUUAAAAAGGACUAUGAGAAGUUACUGGAAUUAAUUAAAGAACAUGACACAAUUUUUUUGCUUAUGGAUUCUAGAGAAACUAGAUGGUUACCGACUGUAUUAGGUAAUAUAGAAAAUAAAAUUGUGAUCAAUGCAGCUCUUGGAUUUGAUAGUUAUCUGGUGAUGAGACAUGGUAACUAUUAUGGUAAUGCAGAAAAGAGAUUGGGCUGUUAUUUUUGCAACGAUGUAGUUGCCCCAACAGAUAGUUUAAGCGAUAGAACAUUGGACCAAAUGUGUACUGUUACAAGACCUGGUGUGGCUUUAAUGGCUUCAUCAUUAGCAGUGGAAGUAUUUGUUUCAAUUCUGCAGGAUGAAAAACGUAACAAUAUAUCUACGGAAGAGAAAACUGUUCUUGGUGAAGUUCCGCAUCAGUUGCGUGGGUUUUUAAAUAAUUUCACAACAUUAAAGUUAGAGACUCCUGCUUAUGAACAUUGUUCUGCAUGUAGUAAACCUAUUAUAGAAGUUUGCCAAGAGCAAGGGUGGGAAUUCCUAAAACAAGCUUUAGCUGAUCCAUUACUAGUGGAAAGAGUCAGUGGCUUAGAGAAGGUUAAGCAAGAAGUUGAAGAAUUAGCUGCGAAGUCGUUUGAUUGGGUAAGUGAUGACGAGGAACUGGUUGAGUUGUGA